AUGUGCCCUCAGUGGAUUCCACAAAACAUCCAAAAAAGGCUUCUUCUUUAUGUUUUACAACAACUAUCAUUGUUUUCGGAGAUUGAUUUACCAAACCUCGAAGAAGUGUCAUUAAAGAAUGUGGUUCUUAAAGAGAUUUCCAUAGAUCCAGAAAAAGUAGGGAAGCUUCCGGGAUGUAAUCUAAGGUAUGGCCAAGUUGGUCUGUUGGAGUUGAUCGGAGGUGUCAUGGGAGGCGUCAAUAUAGAUGCACAUGAUGUUGAUAUAGUGAUUGCACCAGAUGUUGAGCUAGAAGAUGAAGGCAACAGUAAUGUUCAAUUUCUGCUAGUACAAAGUACUACUGAUUUAGCAAAUACUAUUAUGACUGAAAGGAGCGACGAUGAGCAGAUAGAAGAUACGGGCAAUAAAGAUCAAAGUGAAGAAAAUGCCUUUUACACUCCUGAGGGAAGUGGUAAUCGUGAUGAAGAAGUUGACGAUAUUGAUUUAGAAACCAAAUUGAACACUAAUAGGUCAGACUCAUCAUCAUCUACUUCAAAAUCCAAACCUUCUGCCUUAAGCGGAGUCAUGACAAAGGCUGUAGAAAUGGCAUUGCUGAGACUACAAAUUAAAAUUUAUAAUCUUCACAUAAAAAUUGUUUCCGAUGUGAUGGAUUUACUUCUUGAAGUCGAUGAACUAGUCUUUAAUAGCAUAAAUGGAACAAGAUAUAUUGCAACGAAAGGAAUAAGGAUUGUGAUCCUUCGACCUGAUAUCAAUACAGGUGACAGUGGAAGCUGCCUGGUGCCGCAAUCAAAGUCAAAUGCGCCAGGUGCAGCAAAUACCGAGAAUAGUAACGAGGAAGACGAAAAAGAGGAAGACGAGAAAGAUGAUGAAAUUGACGACAGUGACGACGGAUAUGGAGAUGAAUCAUUAAUGAAUAGUAUGUUGUUCACUCAUGAUGAAGCUAGCUCAAUCUAUAUGAGUGCUACUUCACAAUCUUUCAAGAAGAAACCUGAAAAGGAUGGUGAUUCACAUGUAAUAGAUAAUAAAAUAUCGAAAGAAAAGGGGGAUGGUACUGUGAUAGCACAACUUGAUAGUGCUGAGAUUGAAUUUGAAGGUCUUAGUAUGCUAUCUAAUAUUCAUUUGAAUUUGGGUAAUAUUAAAAUUGCUUGGGUUCCUUUGAUGCCUAGUGUGAUAGCAAUGUUUCAUGAAAUUUCUAAGACUCUCAAGAUCAAGAUUCAUGAAUUGAAAAAGAAAAAUAUAGCCCAUAACAAGCUUCAACAUAACUCAAAAUUUCCUCAGUAUAGCAGAAGUGAUGAAAUACUAGACACAGAAACUUCUACGACAGAAUCCUUAGAUUUCAUGUUCAACAAGAUUCAUAUUGACAAUAUCGUCGUAAGCUUGACAUCUUCCUUGUUACCGGAUGGAAGUUUUAGAUCCAAAGAUAAUAACUUUGAACUUGUUUUACAUAAUUUAAAUAUCAAGCGGAAAAACGAGAGCUUGCAUUAUGGAGGUAUUGAAGUCUUGAAAAUGGUCAGAACUGAGAAGGGAGAACAGUUUGAUGUUUUCAAGUUCGACAGCACAAAGACUGAAGGAGCCACCGAUAGAGCAGCUGCCGACGCAAAUGUGUUUGAGACUGCUUCUGAAAGACCACUCACGUCUGGAAAAGCUGAUAUUAGAUUCGAAGUAUUUCAAAAUGAGGGGUCAUCUGUUUCAGAAUUCACUACACUAUUCUCAAAGCCUGCGUCCAUCGAUAUUGAGUCAAAGGAUUUUGAGAUCUUAUUCAAGUUUGCAUAUUCAAUUCAGACAAUCUUAGAGCAAACUAAACUAGUCUACGAUGCAAUUGAGACACUUAAAAAUUUGAAUCACAAGUCAUAUCCUUUGAAGGCAGAUUCGAGUUCGCUCUUCAUUUUACAAACGGCUCCUUUAACAAUAUCUGUUAAACUUUCAAAUGCUUGUCUUUUGAAGGCAGUUAUAUUCCCAUUAUCAUUUAAUUCGAUCGAGGGCGAGCUCUCAAUACAAAAAGUUCUUAUAAGUACAAUAGUGGCUGAUCAUGAAAAUACAUUAGCAUGCAUUUCUAAAAUAAAAUUGAUAACCAGGACUGAAGAAUUCAAAUCCUUUGUUAGCAAGACAAGUGGGCAUAAUUCAAGUUUCAUUCCACGUGAAGUAAUACUCAGUUCCUCGUUAAAGCUACACAUAACUAAGAUCUCUCUCGAAAUGAGCUUGAAAGAUAUAAAAUUUUUACUUAAAGAAAUGUCUCGAUUUGCAGAUCACUUGGACCAAGAUAGUUUAUUUGAGAAAUCAUGCAACAUUUUGAGCGACUCUGGUACGACUCAUCCAAAAAGCUUUCCUGACCGGCCGAUAAGUACCCAUCCCUCAGUAUACCUGAGUGAAAGGAGACCAAAAAGGCGAGGAGCAAAUUUCACUAAUCAUAACUCUGUCAUAAAUGCAAGAAGGCAAACUAUUGCAAGCUUUAGACUUAUUAUUGAUGAAAUUGACAUUAAGGUUUUAAAAAUCAAACCAGAAUUUGGAGAUUUUCACUUCAAAAUCAAUACAAUUUCAUUCCAUCAAUUUAAAGACGAAAUUGAAGGUUCUUUAAUAAAUUUCAAGAUAGUAAGAUAUAAAGAUGGUGUGUCUGAAUGUUUUGUAGAUAGGUUUCCAAAGAUAGACUUACAGAGCCCCACUAUUCUAGUGCACUUGAAAACUAAAGAUAAAAUUAGCCUAGUGGAGGUGAUAGUACGUAAUAUUAAAAUAGAGUAUUACACUAAUUGGUUACAACUACUAGAAGAUAGUACCUUGACGUACGACGAUGUACUUGAGAACAAAGUCACAGACUCGAUAAAACAUAGAACGGAAAGGUCACCACGCAAAAGAUUUGAUAUCCGAUUUACAUUGCAUGAUUGUUCAUUGGGGUUGAAUCCUGGGAGACUUACCUCUAAAGCCGUCUUAGUGAUGCAAAGAGGUAACUCGGAUGUCACGUUUGGCGUCAAUCAAUUUUAUGUCAAAAGCUCUUUGAGAGAUAUAUCAAUAUUACUUAUAGAUGAUCUCAAGAACGUGAAAACUUCGUCUUUUGACUCUAAAAUGCAAGACCAAAACAUUUCUUAUGUUUCUCCUUUAAAUUACUUUUUGUCUUCAGGUUUUAUUGUCGUUGGAAACGUAAACUGCACGCACAUUGGAAUCACAGUUAACACGGAUAUUGAAAGUAUCAAAACAAGAAAUAGGAAGCUAGGGAUCAACGAAAGUUUAGCGCUUUUAGACAUUAAGGUAAACUCCGAUGAACAUAACCUUGAUUUAUGUGCCGAUUCUUUUCAUACAUUAUCUCAAUUAAUUAAUGAUUUGAAAUUGCCUUUAAACUUCAAACCAGAGGAUAAGACAAGGUUGGAAGUAAAAGAACCCAUAAGCUUAAUAAAGGAAAUAGAUGAAGAGACAUAUUUCAAACCUGAUAAGGAUACUAGACUGUCUUCUGAUGCUGCAAAAGAUGAUGAUUUAUUUAUUAUUGAAGGGUAUGUUGAGAAUCACAAUUUGUCUAGCAGUCUUGAAAAUAACGUAGGAGCAUUAAGCUUAGGAAGUGAAUCAUCAUCGAAUAAUGAAGCCAAUGCAAUGUCCCUGUUAACUUUCGAGGAAGACCAUUUCAUGAAAGGAAAAGAUAUCGUUGCGGAGGUAAAAGAACAUCCGAUUCAUAUGAACAUUAAUCUUUCCAAAACCCAGAUUUAUUUAUAUGAUGGUUACGAUUGGAAAGAAACUCGUAAAGCGAUAAAGGCUGCUGUGAAAAGAAUCGAAGCCCAAGCCAUUAUGGAAAUAAAUAGGAGAAAAGAAAUUAAAAGAGAAAAUCGUGGGAAGAAAUUGGACGUAAAGUUCAAGAACGAAGACGAAGUUAUUGACGACGAACCAUCACCCAAUUUGAAUAUGAUAGGAGUAGACAGCAAUAAUCAGUUCGAGAUAGAAGAUGCUGAUAAGUAUGACGAAGAAUUUGACAGUGAUGAAGAAAAUGAUUAUGAUAACGAUGAGGAUGCAUAUGAGGAAGAGACUAUAGGUGAAACUUUGUUCCAAUCAAUACACCUUUCUAUGCCUAAACUGUCAGAUCCCUCCUCCUUGACGAAAAAGAUCAACAACAACGUACAAAGUGAUGAUAAGAAAACUGAAGUUAGUGUUUCAUUAGGCAAAAAUUAUAAAAAUUUGAGAUUGCGUCGUUCAAGAACUCACAAAUUGUUGAUCGAUUUGAAAAAUAUUGAAACCAACGUUGCUAUCUUCACAACAAGAGACCCACGGAAAGACAAGACUGAUAACAGCUUAGACUACGAACUUUUGAAUUCGAUCGAUAUUAGACUCGAUAAUAUUGAUAUAUUUGACAACGUUCCCACCUCUACUUGGAACAAGUUUCUAAGCUAUAUGAAUAUAUUAGGAGAAAGAGAAAUCGGAACGAGUAUGUUAAACUUAUCAAUUCUCAAUGUACGUCCGGAUCCUAGUUUAGUAUCGAGUGAAGCAAUUAUAAGGGUAUCAGUUUUGCCAUUGAGGUUAUAUGUUGACCAAGAUACAUUAGAUUUCUUGACAAGGUUCAUAGAGUUCAAAGACUCAAGAUUUUACUUGCCGCCAGAUGAAAUCAUUUACAUUCAAAAAUUCGAAAUGGGGUCACUAAGGGUAAAGCUUGAUUAUAAGCCUAAAAAGGUUGACUAUAAUGGAAUUAAAUCUGGAAAGGCUGCAGAGUUUAUGAAUUUUUUCAUUCUUGAUGGGUCAGAUAUUAUCUUGCCACCUGUUAAAUUACAUGGAAUAUUAGGUUUUCCUAAACUUUCAUGGGAAUUGAAGAACACAUGGACGCCAAAUAUACAGCAAACACAAUUGGCAGGUAUCCUAUCAGGUCUUUCACCAAUUAGAUCAAUUGUUAAUAUUGGCGGAGGAAUGAAGAACUUGGUCGCUAUACCCAUAAGGGAGUAUAAAAAGGAUGGAAGAUUGGUCAGAAGUAUUCAAAAGGGCACCUCACUUUUCGCCAAGACAACUGGAUAUGAAGUUUUAAACUUAGGAGCAAAAUUAGCAUCUGGAGCUCAAGUGAUCCUAGAACAGGGUGAAGAAAUGUUCGGAGGUGAAGGUGCAGCAGCAAGGUUGCCUAAAAAUAAUUACAAGAGCAAGAGAAAAAAGAAGGAGAAGGAGAGGCCUGACUUGACGUAUAACAAAGAUGAUGAGCUAUCCGCAAAAAUUGGUCACAAAAGUCUAAAGAAUAAUAAUUUACUUGCCUCGUCUCAGUUAUUGAAUCAAAGUAUUCCCCAGCAAAAGGAUCAAUAUGGUAGUAAAAAAUUAUAUUCCUAUAUGGAUCUUGAUGACCCUGGAGAAAUCGAUAAUCAAAUGUUAAAUCAAUCGCUACUUCUUCUAGAUACGAGAAAUAGUCAAAUUCUUGGCAUACCUCAACCAGAUGAUGAUAGCGACAGUGAAAACUUCCACGAAGAAGAUCCCUCUGAUGAAAAAUUAAUAAGUUUGUAUUCAAAUCAGCCUGAAACUAUACAGGAAGGCAUAAGGCUCGCUUAUCAAUCUAUUGGAAAAAACUUGAAUUCAACGAAGCGUAAAAUUGUGGAUUUAAAACAGGAAAUCAAUAAUAGUGAUAACAUGCAAGAAACAUUACUCUCAGUUGUGAAGUCAUCUCCUGUGAUCAUCAUUAGGCCAAUUAUUGGUACUACUGAGGCACUCUCAAAAACCCUCAUGGGGAUUAGCAAUGAGAUUGACCCCAAACAUAUAGUCGAGUCUAAAGACAAGUAUCGUUGGAAUAAACCCAAUCAUGACGAUGGAGACUAG